AUGCUCAAGCUCAUCACUCUGCUCGGCCUUUCGGCCUUGGCCUCUGCCCAAGUAUUCUCUGGUCAGGGAAAGCUAGUUCCUGCCAUCUGGGCCCGCACUCUCACUCUUGGUGACGCCGUUGGGUGCCUCACUGACACUGGUCUCUGGACCACCGACUCUGCCAACUGUGGCACAUUCACUGGUAACGCAACAAUUGAAAACGGCAAUGUCACCUCGACUCUCCUCAGCACAAGUGCCGGUUCCUGCGGCAUCAUCUGGCGUGGUAAUAACAACAACCAUUUGUCUUAUGCAUGCGGCAGCCCUGAUGCUGAUAGCCCAACGCCCUCCUUUGUCUACUCCAUUACCAACAAACCUUUCCUCGGAUUCGGACAAUAUGCGUAUUUGGGAGUAACCGGAGGCAACCCCCCAACUGGAAAUGAUACCUCAAGCUUGCACAUUGCCGGAGAUGUGGAGAACGGCAACUUGUGGGUGUUGACUUGGGAAGCUCUCUAA